AUGGCUGACACUAUUGUGGGAGUGUGCUACAGGCCCCCUGAUCUGGAGGAGGUUGAUGAGGCCUUCCACAAGCGACUGGAAGCAGCGUCACGAUCCCAGGCGCUGGUGCUUACGGGGGAUUUCAAUUAUCCAGAUAUUUGCUGGAAAAGCAAUGUGGCCAGGCACGCGCGGUCCAGACGGUUCCUGCAAUGUGUUAAAAACAACUUCCUGGUGCAGGUGGUUGUCAACCUGAUCAACCUGGUGGUUGAGGAAUCGACAAGGAGAGGGGGUGUUCGAAGGUUGGAACAAGAAAUACAGAAAUUAGAAAGUGAGGAAUCUCAAAUAUCUGCCAAAGAACAAAUCAUUUUGGAGAAACUAAAGGAGACUGAGAAGUCCUUCGACAACUUGCAAAAGACUUUCUCACACCAGGAUGGUGAUGCAGUAAAUUACAUUUGCUCCCAGAUCCCUGAACUCCCAACCCUCUAUUCACGAUCACCAGAGCCAGUUCCUGGGCGGGACGGAGCAAGCAGAGUAGCUGCUUUGUGCACCAUGGAAAUUAAUGUGGAGAAAGACAAACAGACAGGAGAGACCAAGAUUGUCUCUGCUUCACCUGUUGGCCCAGAUGAGGCCCAUCAAAGAGGAUUCAAAGUCUAUGAUGAUGGUACCAAGGUAGUCUAUGAGGUUCACUCUGGUGGCACAGUGGUAGAAAACGGAGUACAUAAAUUAAGCUCAAAGGACGUAGAUGAACUUAUGCAAAAAGCUGGACAAUCAAAUGUAAAAGGAGGGUAUGAAAUAAUGACUGUGUCAGACAGAAGUGCAGUAGCUGAUGGAAACCUUAGCCAUAUGAAGGAGCAAAUGCUCUUCAAGGAGGCAAAGCUGGAAAUGGUACACAAACCAAACAAAGGGCAUGCUGUGAAUUCCCAGCCCCAAGACAAACCCCGUGGUGGCGAAGUUCCAGAAGCCAGUGCAGAUCAACCAGUGACAAUGAUAUUUAUGGGCUACCAGAGCAUUGACGAUGAAGAGGAGACGAAAAAAGUGCUGGGCUAUGAUGAAACCAUCAAAGCAGAGUUGGUUCUGAUCGAUGAAGACGAUGAGAAGUCUUUGAGAGAGAAGACAGUGACAGACAUCUCCACCAUGGAUGGGAACGCCGCUGAGCUGGUCUCUGGCAGGCCCCUGUCAGACACAACAGAGCCCUCCUCUCCUGAGGGGAAGGAAGAGAGCCUGCCCUUGGAAGCUGCCCCAGGUACACAAAAGAAAAAGCGCUGUCAAUGCUGUAUUGUCAUGUGA